UCUGUUUUCCUGCGUCCUCGGGCGGCGGCGCAGGCAGCGGCAGCCGCGCCGGCUGUGAUGAGCGGUCCCCCGGCCGGGCCGGGGACGCCAGGUGAGCCUCUGCGCCCGGGAGGGCCGCACCCGGCCGCCCGGGGCCCGCGGCCGGCCAUGGAGCGCUAGAGGAGGGAGGAGAAGACGGCCUGCCGCCCACCCCCGUCCUGUUUUCCUUUAUCUCAUUGUUGCCGGAGCUGUUUACGGCGGCGGCGCCCGCUCUGCCCGGGCAUGGGGCGCGCUCGGGGCACUGCCCUUCGGCGGUCGCAGCCUUCGCGGCUGCCCACGGACUCCGCCUAGUCCGCCUCCCCAGCCGGUACACCGAGGACCCGAGAGCCGAGGCCCGGACUGCAGCGGCGGCGGCGGGGCCACCUCCCAGCAGCAUCCCCAACCCCCCGGGCUGGAUGCGGAUUGAAGAGCGGCGCCUGGGGGCACAGUCCGCCCCGCGGAUCCAGACCUAGGCAGCAGGACAGCGGGAGCCACAGUGCGGGAGGAUGGCCAGUAAGACCAAGGCCAGCGAGGCCCUGAAGGUGGUGGCCCGGUGCCGACCCCUCAACAGGAAGGAGGAGGCUGCCGGUCACGAGCAGAUCCUGACCAUGGACGUGAAACUGGGCCAGGUGACCCUGCGGAACCCCCGCGCGGCCCCUGGGGAGCUGCCCAAGACCUUCACCUUUGAUGCUGUGUACGACGCCAGCUCCAAGCAGGCAGACCUGUAUGAUGAAACCGUGAGGCCCCUUAUAGACUCGGUCCUUCAGGGUUUCAACGGCACAGUGUUUGCUUACGGCCAGACGGGCACCGGCAAGACUUACACCAUGCAGGGGACCUGGGUGGAGCCCGAGUUGCGCGGGGUCAUCCCCAACGCCUUUGAGCACAUCUUCACCCACAUCUCUCGCUCCCAGAACCAGCAGUACCUGGUCCGGGCCUCCUACCUGGAGAUCUACCAGGAGGAGAUUCGAGACCUGCUCUCUAAAGAGCCAGGCAAGAGGCUAGAGCUGAAGGAGAACCCCGAGACGGGAGUCUACAUCAAGGACCUCUCCUCCUUUGUCACCAAGAAUGUCAAGGAGAUCGAGCACGUGAUGAACCUGGGGAACCAGACCCGAGCAGUGGGCAGCACCCACAUGAAUGAGGUCAGUUCCCGCUCCCACGCCAUCUUCGUUAUCACCGUGGAGUGCAGCGAACGCGGCACAGACGGCCAGGAGCACAUCCGCGUGGGGAAGCUCAACCUGGUGGACCUGGCUGGCAGCGAGAGGCAGAACAAGGCAGGUCCCAACACAGCCGGAGGGACGGCCACUCAGUCCACGGGUGGUGGCGGAGGUGGCGGUGGCAGUGGCACUGGUGGUGGCAAUGGAGAGAGGCCUAAAGAAGCCUCCAAAAUCAACCUCUCCCUGUCUGCUCUGGGCAACGUGAUUGCUGCCCUGGCGGGCAACAGGAGCACCCACAUCCCCUACCGGGACUCCAAGCUGACCCGGCUGCUCCAGGACUCUCUGGGGGGAAACGCCAAAACCAUCAUGGUGGCCACACUGGGACCUGCCUCUCACAGUUACGACGAGAGCCUCUCUACCCUACGCUUCGCCAAUCGAGCCAAGAACAUUAAGAACAAGCCCCGGGUGAACGAGGACCCCAAGGACACGCUGCUGAGGGAGUUCCAGGAGGAGAUUGCCCGCCUGAAGGCCCAGCUGGAGAAGAGGGGGAUGCUGGGCAAGCGGCCCCGCCGGAAGAGCAGCCGCAGGAAGAAGGCCGUGUCUGCCCCGGCGGGGUACCCCGAGGGACCAGUGAUCGAGGCCUGGGUGGCUGAAGAGGAGGACGACAACAACAACAACCAUCACCCGCCCCAGCCCAUCCUGGAACCAGCCCUGGAGAAGAACAUGGAGAAUUACCUGCAGGAGCAGAAGGAGCGGCUGGAGGAGGAGAAGGCAGCCAUCCAGGAUGACCGCAGCCUGGUGAGCGAGGAGAAGCAGAAGCUGCUGGAGGAGAAGGAGAAGAUGCUGGAGGACCUGCGGCGGGAGCAGCAGGCCACAGAGCUGCUUGCGGCCAAGUACAAGGCCAUGGAGAGCAAGCUGCUCAUCGGGGGCAGGAACAUCAUGGAUCACACCAACGAGCAGCAGAAGAUGCUGGAACUGAAGAGGCAGGAGAUCGCCGAGCAGAAACGCCGUGAACGCGAAAUGCAGCAGGAGAUGCUCCUCCGAGACGAGGAGACCAUGGAGCUCCGGGGCACCUACACAUCCCUGCAGCAGGAGGUGGAGGUCAAAACCAAGAAGCUCAAGAAGCUCUAUGCCAAGCUGCAGGCGGUGAAGGCGGAGAUCCAGGACCAACACGAUGAGUACAUCCGCGUGCGGCAGGACCUGGAAGAAGCACAGAACGAGCAGACGCGCGAACUCAAGCUCAAGUAUCUGAUCAUCGAGAACUUCAUCCCCCCAGAGGAGAAGAACAAGAUCAUGAACCGGCUCUUCCUGGACUACGAGGAGGAGCAGUGGCGGUUCCAGCCCCUGGUCCCAGCCGGAGUGAGCAGUAGCCAGAUGAAGAAGCGGCCUACGUCCGCCGUGGGCUACAAGAGGCCGAUCAGCCAAUACGCUCGGGUUGCCAUCGCGAUGGGGUCCCACCCCAGGUACCGGGCUGAAAAUGUCAUGUUUUUGGAGUUGGACGUGUCCCCUCCGGCAAUCUUCGAGAUGGAAUUUUCUCAUGACCAAGAACAAGACCCGCGUGCACUACACAUGGAGAGGCUCAUGCGACUGGACAGCUUUCUGGAAAGACCGUCCACGUCUAAAGUCCGAAAGUCCAGAUCCUGGUGCCAGAGCCCCCAGCGGCCUCCGCCCUCCGCCACACAUGCCUCCAUGGCCUCCGCCCCUCUGCACCCUGCCACAGCGGUGGACCACGAGUGACAGCCUUCACAGUUAGGUUGCCCAGCGCCUAACUCCGGGCACGAGGCAGCCAGCCCCGGCUCAUCUCAUCCGCAGCUUGGUGGUGUGCGUCUGAGUGUGUGUGCAUGUGUGUGUGCGCGCGCGUGCGUGUGUAUGAUGGGGUGCCCACUCUUCUGCACCUCCUUUAUUUAAUCCAUGUUAUUUAUUCGUGGAGCCAAUCGUGGCCGGGAAGCACCCGGGCCGCCGUGGUCUGUGGUAGCCUCCUUCUCUCCGGACUGGAAACCCCCAGUCAAACCUCCAGCACCUCCCGUGUCACCGCCCCCCUCAGGGAGGCACCAGUGCCUGAGUGGCAGCACAGGGGUCACCUCUGCCCCUGCCACGAGCAGCCCCUCAGCACUUCCUGGGACGAGAAGACUUCGAGGGCGACAGACCUCCUGACAGUCCCAGGCUCCAGUCCCGGUGGACAGGGCUCUGUCCUCCACCUCCUGGGGCUCGGACCACCUCUUCCUGCCUCUCAGGCUCUCUUGCAAGGACUUCGAUGACCUCACCAACGCUGGCUUCCCCAGUUCGGCUUCCUGCCCACCUUCCCAGCCUUGAAUAGGAAUCACAAACCAAGGGGUUGAUGCCGUGUCGGGACCUGCAGGAAAUGGACCCAGAUGAUGUGGACGGUCGUCAAGGGAAAUCCUCCCCUGGGUCUCUCUAUUUCUGUCCCUUCUGUGAGCUUCCUUUGGUCAACAAGUCAUCAAACUAACUCCCCAUUUUCGAGCUUGGCUCCUUCCUGCUGUGGCCAUUUCCCCCUGCAGCUGCCAGGUCUCAGGUCAUUGCAGAAGGGAUCAGUGUCGUCGUAUCCCUGCCUAAGCAAUGGUGUCACGGUUCCCUCUGCACUGAGCACAGGAAACAGACACCCAGGCAAAAUCCUUGCCAGCUUUGUUACCCGUCUCGAAGGCGUAUUUUCUGCAUACUGUUUUGUUGAAAACUGCCCCAUUCUUUACCACUUACGAAAUUGGUCCCACUUUAUCUUCUCUUGUGACAGCCCAAAAUGUCUCCAGAUACUGCAGGUGAUAAGUAAAUUGCUUCCAAGAAAAAAAAAACUGACUUUAUUUUUUGCAAGUAGGACAAAAAUUUUCAUCCUUUAAUUUUCAAAAUGCCUUUGCACAUAUGCAACCUCACCUUAUUACCUUAUUUUAGAAGUUAAAUCUGAAUUAAAAUUAUGACAUUGAGAGAGGCACGGUGGCACACGCCUGUAAUUGCAGGCGGGGUCGGGGGCCGAGUCAGGAGAAUUGGAAGUCUGAGGCCAACCUGGGCUACACAGAGAAUUCCAGCAGGUUUGAGCUCCGUAGUAAGAUCCUGUCUCAAACAAAAAUAAGCAAAACAAAACAAGUUUCACUGCACAGGGACACUGGAUCCUUCGUAACACUUGCCUAGUAUACCUUAGAAAUGAAUCCCUCACCCUCUCUCUGUCUUUUGAGUAGAGACCUUAGAUCUAUUCAAAAAACUGUUGAUAAACAUGCACAAGGUAUUAUAAUUGUAAACAUUAAACAGUUUACUGUUUAAUUUUAUGGUGGUUGAAAAAUCAGGAAAUUCUCUCCUCCUAAGGAUCAUAAGAUCAAAUGCUUUGAUCACCUUUGCAGUGUAUGUUUUGCAGAGGUCAUCACGAGCGAGGCUCUCAGACACCUUCCGAGUGGGAGUCUCCCGUCCCUAGACAGAAAGCAGCUCUGCCUCUGGGGUAGGGCAGGCAGAUGUGGGGCUCUUCUCUUCUCUUCUCUUCUCUUCUCUUCUCUUCUCUUCUCUUCUCUUCUCUUCAGGAAAUAAAUCUCUCUUGCACUAUUCAAGUGCUGCUCCGAGGAUCACAUUUUGUUUGAUUUCCCUCAAUGAUGCUCUUUGCUCCGCUGUCAUUUCCGACUAGAUGGUUGAGCAACGCAGUGGCCAUUUGCUCCCGUCCUUCAAGGGAAUCACAAUUUUCCUUAGCACCGGAGAGGUUCACUGAGACUCGGGAUGCAGGCCAGAGUCUGGCCGCAGUUGGGCAGUGGUUGUGUGUGGCAGUGUCCUCCACCCCCGUGGCCUGGGCUUGGAGGGCCCUCAGGGAUGCACUGAGCAGCCUCUCCCCCUGAGCUUGCUGGUUAUUGGUUGAAGCAGCACGAGUCAGGCCAUUCCCCGCUUGAACCCAUCAUCUCUGUCUUGUCUGGUCACUUGUCCCUCACAGUCUUAGAGCACAAUGUCGCCAACUUCCCCACUUCCGGUCUGAGAGCUGGACCCAGGUGCGGUUGGAGAUGGAGCCCCUGCUUGUGAUUCUGUGUCUGUGUGUGUGUGUGUGCACGCGGUUACCUGUACAGGGGACACUACACUCAGUGAAACUGGAGCAGGGCCCAUGAGGGUGGCUGGAUCUCUCGUUUUCUCUUUUUCCUUUUGAUAUAUCAAACAUUUGAUUGACCAAGUGAGGGCCUUGUUUAGGACCAAAUUUCCUGUUUGUUGCUAUGGUCUUUCUUUAGGACAACAGUUAAUCCAGCGGCCCACUCUCGUUACUCUAUCCAUAUGACUAUAUGGGACAUAUGUAAUAUAUAAAUAUAUAUAUAGAACAUUACCCUCUGUCCCUUGGCUUCGGACGGAGGCCUUUCUGUGAGCAGGAGUGCACCGCAGUGUGCUGUGACCAGCAGCUGCAGGCCCCAGCCCUGUUCAGGAACACAGUCAACAAUAAAGGAAUGAGUGUCGUUGCA